AUGCCUUCUUCGAAACCCAAGCCUUCCGAAGUUGCGGCGGAAACGAAGCGACACUACAUCCCGGUCAUAAGAGCGGAAUAUGCCCGUCAAUGGCCAACCCAUUCCUAUUUGUUCCAACAGCCGCUGGCGCAGAUUCCGCUCCAGAGCUCUAUUAGCGGGUUUUCUCCAUCCCCUCCGGAAUUCUAUGUCUGCUCGGGGGAUCCCGCCGACUUUGCCAUCGACUGGAAAGAGAAGGCACACAUUCGGAUACCUUUUAUAUGCGCAGCGAAUGACAAAAGAGCUGGCGGUGAUUGGGAGACCGGAGUAGUGGGAUACGAAGAACGACUAUGUAGACGCAGCAAUCUUUCAGCAACGCUUAGCACUCCUGGACCUGGAUCUGAGGUGGAGAGUAACUACCCCAUCCCGUCCGAAGGCGGCAUUUACUCUGAAUUUGUUGUGGUGUUCCGUGGGCCGCACGACCAGUAUAAGAAAUUAGAUCAAUGGUACGACCUGCCGGUAGUCUCGAUGCCGGCGGCGCGCUGGCCAAAGCUAAGCCACGGCGGUUCCAAGUAUGCGUUCCCGUUGGAGCGCGAAAUGGUGAGGAACAAGAUCCGUGCCGCGCUGCGCAUCUGCGUCUACUACGAGCAUCGGACUGUCGUCAUCGGUGACUUCGGCCUCGGCAAUGGCCAUCGCAACCCGCCGCAGGAGCUUGCAGAGCUUUGGCGCGACGUUUUCCUCUACGAUCCGGACAUUCGUGGCCGCUUCGAUUACGUCGCUUUCGUGUUCGAGGAUCAGUACCAGAGCACGGCAAAGUUGAUCAUGGACGACAUUGCCAAGAAGAGCAGGGGCGGUAGUGGUCACGGGCAUCAUGGUCACGGUCACCAUUCGAGCAGCUCCAAAAGCAAAUCGAAGACCUCGUCCAGCUCCAACAGUAGUUCCACUAGUGGUUCCGCCGCGGCGCCGAGCGACUUUGAGAUAUUCUCCCGCGUCUUUGACCCCAACGAGAUCCAAACCGUUUUGAGUCGACCGGAUCCACGAUACGGAAUUUCUAUGCUUACAUCUUGA